AUGGCCGGUCUCGCCAGAGAUGCUGCAGCAUUCAAGUCCGCUUUGCACAGGCAGGACUACUCAUCAUGGCACUCUCAGCCUCCACCGCUGCAACACCCGGCGACAGAGACUCCCGAACCGUCGUCAAAGUCCAAGAAGAAACGGCAGAAAUCGAGCACGUCUCUUUCUCAUCUGCUCGACUCAUCCGCCUUGCCUGCAGACACCGGUUCCGGGACCAAUGUCAAUACCCAGCUCGUCUAUGCCGUCAAUCACCUCAAGUCGACCGGUAAUCCCAUGCGGCUGCAAGACUUGGCCAUCAUUACGAAUACCCCUGUUGACACGGACAGAGUUCUCUUUGAAAAGUUCAAAGCGCAUGACCGUGUUUUGUACGAUAUCAAGACGGAUCUUUACUCGUAUCGUCAUGACUACAACGUACGAAACAAGGCAGCCCUUCUUACAGAGAUUCAGCGGCAAACAAGGAAAGGAGGUGGUCUGUCAGUGCGCACCCUGAAGGACAGCUGGAAAGAGGCGCCGCAGGCCAUUGAAGAGCUUGAGAACGAGGGCGAAGUAUACGUCACUCGUACACUGAAGGACGGACAGAUGAGGAUGGUAUUCUGGAAUGAGAUAAAGCCGGACGAAGAGAGCGGGGGAAUGUCCGUAGAGAAAGAAUUCAACGACCUAUGGCAUUCGCUCGAAGUCCCGAACGACGUCGAUCUACUGAAGCAGCUUGCCUCAGAGGGCCUACAAGCAACCGCCGCAGAGAUUGUCACCUCAAAGGCUCCUGCGACAAAGAAGAAGGGCAAGAGGUCCGCACCACGGUAUCGGCAGGUGCGCAUCACGAACACGCACCUGAGGGGCCAGAUCGACCUUUCCCGGGAUUACAUAGCACCAGCGGCCAAGUGA